AUGAGCUCGAACAAACUGGGCGAGCUAAUUGCGAGCAAAUGGCGUGGACUGGCUUCAAAGGAAAGUAGGAGAAAGAAAAGCAAAGGCCAUUUCGUCUUCUACGCUAAAGGAGGCAAGCGAUUCCUAGUGCCCCUUAAGUAUUUAGACCACCCAAUCUUUAGAGUUCUUCUGGAGGUUGCAGAGGAAGAGUUCGGCAACGUGGCUUGCGGGCCGCUGCGGGUUCCCUGUGAGGAGGAGCUGAUAGAUCACCUUGUUUCGCUUAUUGAGUAG